AUGAAUACAGGAACACUCUCUCUUGAUGAAUAUAACUCUUCCUUAGAGGUAAUUGGUAAUGUACUUAGGACUGCCAAUCUUACAGAUGUCUGGAAAUUGGAAUGCUUCCCCACCUCAUCCUGCCUCGAACUUGCCUGCUACCACGACUGCCUGAUCUCAUCUGUUCCUGCUCGUCUUGAGUAUCGCACCACGUAUAGCGAGGCUUUCGCCGUACCAACGCUCUUAUUUCGGGGUUCUCUGAACGACGGUAGUCAAGUUCCACUUUCUUAUUUUUGGCAGCGCUUCGCUCAAGCAUCUGAUCAUCCCGUGACUGAUCUUUGGUCCGUCAUUAGUCAAACCGAGCAUAAGGCCACGGGAGUUCCCUACUUCUUUCUCCAUCCUUGCAAAACUCGGUCACUAAUGCUCGAAAUUAAUCCACCUACCGCUACCUCCUAUCUUUCCUUCUGGCUUUCCCUCAUCACUCAGCACUUCAAUAUUUUUAUUCCCUCAUCACUAGCUCUCGUUCGAGUAAUUCCAGUGAGGGUAGACUAG